AUGCAUUUCCUUGUUGAUUUACCAUUGGCGUCAACCUGGGGUGCAUAUGAAUAUCUCUGGUUUAAUUCCACAUCUCAUCAUGAACCGAUUGAUCAUCGAUGUUCAAGAGUUCAGCGUGGUCUUGAGGGUCGUUUUUAUCAAACAUAUCAUCGAAUUCCACUUGAUUUCAGCAAUGAAGAUAUUUAUCGUGAAUCUAAAGUGGAACACCGGUUGUUCUUUAUGGAGAAGAAAUCGGUGUCAUGGUUACCCAAUAGAUUAAGUAGAGGUUUUUCAAAUUGUUCAACAUAUGAUUGCCAACGUCGGUUUUGGAAUUAUCCAAUUGGUCCACCGAAAACAAGUGUGAAGCCUCAAGAAGCGUUAGGUGGCGAAUCAAAAGAUUCGUUAUUGAGAUUAUUUCGUCAGUUGUCACAAUUACGUUUAAAUCUGUCAUUUCAACAUGGAUUGGUACAAACAGGUUGUGAACAACACUCGAAUUUAUUCUGGUUUAUCUGUGAAGUACUCGGCCAUCGUGAAUUUGUUGUUCUAUUAAAUCUAAAUCCACACGAACCCGCGUAUAUUUCGUUAUAUUCAUUAACAAAAGAACACGUUCCUUUACAUAUUCAUAAUGAAUAUCAAUGGCCAACAUAUACUCUUCCAAAGUCUUAUGAAAUGCACAUUAAUUCCAAUAAUUUGUUAAUUCAAUCUCAAUCAAUUAAUAUCUUUUCAUGGGCAUCGAAAAUGAUGAAACCGGACGUGUUGUAUCAACACACAAAUCAACAUUCACAGCACUGUUAA